CCCCGCCGCCGGGCCUUAUUUGACCCACGUGCCUAAAAGCACAGUCCUUGCUAUAAACAAGGAACAUUAAGCUUCACUGGAUUUUGGUGGACAAUCCUAAAACAUCCUCCUUGACCGUAACUAGUACCUUUCAUUGCUUAAUCUAAUCAUUUAUAUUAUUCUAAUAUCUGCCUUGUCUUUUAGUCCAAAAUUCAAAAAACCUUCCUGUUUUUCUUCUAGUAUAUAUAGGGCCUUUUUGGUAACAAAGAAACAACCACACCUCAAGGAAAAGAAGAAAAAAAAAAUCACAAAUUUAAACACCCUUUCAAUACCAACCCACAUGGAAAUGGAGUCUGCUUUCUUCCAUUUUUCAAGUCCAGACUUCUCAUCAGAUUCCUCCUUUGGUUCACUACACUCCUUUUCAUGGGGUGAUGAAUCACUACUACUUCCUUUCAAUAGCCACGAGUUAAUGAAUUUUCCACCAUUUAACAUCAACGACUCCCAAGACAUGUUGCUCUACGAUGUGGUGGCCAGAGGCGCAAAACAGACAUUAGUUGCACGGAACGAGGCGAAUAGCUUCAAUGGGGUUAAAGAACAGGAGGUGACUUCAGCCAACAACCAAACCCUAGAAGAAAAAUCCACAAAAGAAAAGGCUUAUAGAGGGGUGAGGAGAAGGCCUUGGGGAAAAUAUGCAGCAGAAAUAAGAGACUCCACAAGGCAUGGGAUUAGGGUUUGGCUCGGCACAUUCGAUAGUGCUGAGGCAGCUGCUUUAGCUUAUGACCAAGCUGCAUUUGCACUGAGAGGUUCUUUGGCUGUGCUUAAUUUUCCAGCACAAGUUGUCCAAGAUUCUCUUCAAGAAAUCAAGUAUAGACACGAUGAAGCGUGCUCACCUGUUAUCGCACUCAAGAGGAGGCACUCCAUGAAAAGAAAGUCGAUGCACAAAAAGGGUAAUAAACCAAGCCAAUGUACGGAUCAAAGAAAAGUACAGGAGGUUUUGCCACAAAAUGUGAUGGUAUUAGAGGAUUUGGGCGUUGAGUAUUUGGAAGAACUUUUGGACAUAAGCUCGUGUGGAAGUAAUCAUUGGAGUCCGCAGUAAAAGAUAAAUCAUAAUGUUCAUCUUUCAGAUAUCUAUUUUUAUGUUUUGUUUAAUUAAAUAUUAAGUUAACUUUUCUUUCCUUUACCUUUAACCUUCUUUUUUUUACCUCGUCAGUUGACCUACGGAUCAAAGGUUCUAGUUGAGAGUUGAGGGGUCAUGGUGCAGCUUGGAUCUAGGGCCUUUGUGAAUUCUGUUAAUUAAUUCCCACUUCUUUGUAAUGUUGAAAGAGAUGGAAUGUACACA